AAUCUCAGAUGUUAAUUCACAUAUCAGACUAGAGAAUAUCUCUCUUUUAAUGUAGGAGACUUUCCUACAAAUAGUUUCAAAAAGCUGCCCCAGGGAAAAGCAUUUUUCAUUCUUCAUCCUCUUUAAGAAUUCUUCUUUUAUAAUAAAUUCUUUUAGGUUGAUUCAAUAUGGUUAGACGAUGGUUCAAAACCACUAACUAUUGUGUUAGUGGGUAUCAAGUGUCUCUCGUUCUUUCUCACAUUUUUACAAGUUCAUCUCAUCUCAUAAUCCUUUACCCUUGUAAAUUAGAAUAUUUAUAAAAAUAUUCUUAAUAACUUUCCUUAUCGUAUAAGAAAUCUAAAAUUACAGUAUCAUAUUAAUUUAGAAAAUCUUUCAUACAAUAUUCCUUAGGGAGUUUAUACUAGGAGAUACUAAUGAGGAAUUUGAGUUAGUUCUCCACUCUAACACCAUUGAUAUUGUGAAUAAAACAAAGUCUUUCAUCUACGUGACAUUACCCAUGGCCUUGAAUUAGACCAUUACCCAUUAGCAAGAUCGAAGACAGAGAGCCAUGGCGGUUUAUCGGUUUGUGAUAAAGAAUGAUUUAACAGAGGGAUCGCCCAUUAAUGAAGUAGGAGAUGGUGCCCUGUCUUUCAUGGCAGAGAUGAAUAAAAUUGAACAUCUUUAUACGGAAGCGUUCGGAGGCUAUGGGGCAGCACAGGUGAAGGAACUGAAGAAGUCGGUGGAAGAUACAGAGAUGAUAUUAGUAGGUGAUUGGAGUGGUGGACACGAAGACAAGAGACGUAUCGAUCGCAUAUUUGGUACGUGGGAGACAUUGUAUCGUGUAAAGGAGCGACUUCGUAAUAUAAGAUCGAUUAUUGAGCGUCAAAAUUUGAGGAGGAGGCGAUCUAAGCGCUUGAAGAUGGUGACGAAGAUGGCGAUGUAUGGCGGUGGUGUUGCAGCAGCAGCUGCUGUUAUCCUUGUCUGCAAUUUUGCGAGGAAGAAGAAAGCAUGAGCUUGAAAACAAUAUGAAAAAAUGUCGGUCGGUCGGUUGGAUGAAAUUGAAAAAUGGUAUAGGGGUUGGAUAGCAGAGUGCCUCCAUGGCUGGCCGGAAUAACUAGAGGGCUUUUUACAAAUUACUUAAUAUUAAAUUUUAGCAAUUAAUUUA